AUGAUUAUAACCAAUGCUUUGUUCAUUCAGCGAUUUAAUAUUCAAUCUCUUUGCGAAUAUUUCCUAUCACAUGGUGCAAAUAUCAAUGAGAAAGAUGAAAAUGGAGAAACCGCACUUCAUUUUGCAGCAUUGUUUAGCAAUAAAGAAAUGGCUGAAUUUCUUAUUUCACAUGGCGCAAAUAUCAAUGAAAAAGAUGACAAAGGAAAAACCGCACUUCAUUUAGCAGAAUACUAUAGUAGAAAAGAAAGGCAGAAUUUCUUAUUUCACAUGGCGCAAAUAUCAAUGAAAAAGAUGACAAAGGAAAAACCGCACUUCAUUUAG